AUGGCAUUAUUAUCAUUUUUUGAUUCCUUUAGAAACUUCUCCACGCAUGUGGAAGCUCCUCAUAUUUUAUCUCCCCCUGCAGUCCAGAUUCCAAUUUCCUCGUCGACCGUAGACGUGAGGGUAAUCGAUACCAAUACACGUCUGUACAUGAAGCCAGGAGUUUUCUGGGAGCCAGAAUUACCAGGCUUUGAGGGGCCUAACUCCCCAGUAUACAGCUUCCUUGUCUCGCAUGGUGAUCACCACAUAGUCUUUGACCUUGGCGCCACUACCACGGUAUCAUCUUGCGACAGGGACGUGGUAUCUGUGCUAGAUGAAGAUAGCAGCGGCCUGAACAUUCGCAGCUCCGACAUUGAGGCUGUGAUAUGGUCACAUAACCAUUUCGAUCACACGGGCGACCCAUCUCGAUUCCCGGCCCAUACGGAGCUCGUUGUCGGGCCCGGCGUCAAGGCAAGCUCAUGGCCUGGCUAUCCGUCCAACCCGAACGGCACGGUCCUAGACAGCGAUGCUGCAGGUCGCAAUGUCACCGAAAUCGAUAUUCAGGGCGCGGGCCUCAAGGUUGGCCGCUUCGAUGCUUUUGACUACUUUGGAGAUGGUUCUUUCUAUUUGCUUGACGCACCUGGCCACGCCUCGGGACACAUGUGUGGCCUGGCACGCACGACAGCCGACCCACCCUCGUUCGUCCUCAUGGGCGCCGAUGCGUCCCAUCAUGCCGGUGUGUUGCGACCUUCGAAGUAUCUCCCUCUGCCCCAGCCGGACCCCUCAAGUCACACUCAUAGCUAUGGCGGGUGUCCUGGGGACUUACUGAUGCAGCUAGAGACUUGGAAAAGUCCUGAUGAGCCUUUCUUCCAGGUGGCAUGGGGGCCAAUGUUCCCUGAUUAUGAGGCAGCUAUAACAACUGUCUCCAAGAUCCAGGAGCUAGAUGCUGAUGGCAGUGUUUUGAUUCUUCUUGCACAUGACGAGUCACUGGAUGAGCGUAUCCCGCUAUUCCCUGACCGUGUGAACGACUGGAAGGCCCAGAACCUGCGAGAUGACACGCGAUGGAUAUUUUGCAAGGAAAUGGAGAAUGUUACACUCUGA